AUGGAGGCUGAUCCAAAACCACUAGCAAAGAAAAGGCCUUCAUUUAGAGAGAAAAAGAUUGUGGUGGAUUCUCAAAAUGCUGAUGAAGCACCAGUAGAGCCUGUGAAGCCAAGUCACCCCGACCACCCUUUGGUAGGAAACGAAAAAAGGGAAGAGAGAGGUCAUCCUGACCGCCCUUUGGUGGGAAAUGAAAGAAGGGAAGAGAGAGGAGACUAUAACUCCCGUUACUCAAAGAGACCCGAGAGGCCAUAUGCACGGUAUGGGGAUACAAAGAGGGCCGAAGCACAAAGGGGUAACUUUUCAUCAAGGGACAGGUAUGAUGGUGGUGGCAAUUACAGAGGAAGAGAUAGGUUCACUGAAGUGCAAGGGUAUCGUCCAAGUGGUGUCAGUGUUGAGAAGUGGAAACAUGAUCUUUUUGAUGAUGCUAAUAGGAGUCCAACCCCAAAGAAUGAAGAGGAUCAGAUAGCCAAGGUCGAAGCUCUCUUGGCUUCAUAG